CUUCCCCUUGUUUGAACACCGACGCAAGAGAAAGGUGAAGGUAUCAUCGUUUCGGUAUGGAUCAAUCAUCGGGGUCGGAUAAGACGGCAGCUUUGGAUUUUCCGUUGCACGCUUUGGGGUUUGAGUUUUUAGAAUUGUCUCCCAACAAAGUCACCGGACGCAUUCAGGUCACCAACAAGUGUUGCCAGCCAUUCAAGGUUUUGCACGGAGGAGUAUCGGCCCUGAUUGCCGAGUCGUUGGCCAGCGCAGGGGCCCACAUGGCCUCUGGGUAUCAGAGAGUCGCAGGAAUCAACCUCAGCAUCAAUCAUUUGAAGCGGGCCGAUAUUGGUGAUCUCGUCCACGCUGAAGCCACCCCACUCAACGUUGGCAGAACUAUUCAGGUGUGGGAGGUUCGACUGUGGAAGAUUGAUCCUUCAAACUCCGAGAGCAAAUCUUUGGUGUCAUCAUCUAGGGUUACCCUUUUGUGUAACAUGCCGGUGCCAGAGCAUGCAAGGGAGGCUGGAAAAAAUCUCAAGAAGUAUGCAAAACUGUAAAUAUGUUCUGUCACGUCUAGCACUUGCUGUAUUAAUUAUAACAACCGCUGAGUAGCGGAGGAAUGAUAUCUAAAUUAAGAGUUUUUUGUUUAAGGUGCAAAUAUUAUAUUAGUUAAGUGGAUCAUGAAAUGUGUAAAAGUUAUUUUUAAUUAUGUAAUUUAAAUUAAAUUAAAAAUUAAUAA